CCAAUCGCUGCAACGCGUGGAGCGUCACAUCGAGUCCGACGCGCAUCUGUAUCCUUUUCCUUUCGGAGCCUAUAGCGACCGAUCUGGAAUUCGCGCGCGGACGCGACUUCUCUACAUCGACCGCGGCGCGCUGUCGCCUGCAAAGCUUGGAGACUCGGCCUCUAAGCUACAUCACAACACAACACAACCACGAAGUGCCUACUCAGCAUGGCGUUCCCACCUCCCCCUCCACCGCCGCCUCCUCCAGGCCCACCUGGCUCUGGAUAUGGAGCACCGCCGCCUCCACCUCCCCCUCCUGGACCUCCCGGCGCGCCAGGUGCUUCAGGCCCUCCCGGUAUGCGACAAAUGGUUGAUCCUCAGGUGGCCAAGUUUGCGCAGAAGAAGAAGGACUGGCUGCGACAACAGCGUCAGAGGUUCGGCGAGAAGCGCAAGGCUGGGUUCGUUGAGACACAAAAGGCAGACCUGCCUCCGGAGCAUCUGCGCAAAGUGUUCAGGGACAUUGGCGAUGUGUCACAGAAGAAGUUCACCACAGACAAAAGGAGUUACCUUGGUGCGCUGAAGUUCAUGCCUCAUGCGGUGUUGAAGCUUCUGGAGAACAUGCCCAUGCCCUGGGAGAGCAGACGAGAUGUGAAGGUCCUCUACCACACCAACGGAUGCUUGACACUCGUCAACGAGGUACCGCGAGUCAUUGAGCCGGUUUUCCACGCACAAUGGGCGGCCAUGUGGGUUGCAAUGAGGAAGGAAAAGAGCGAUCGUCGUCACUUCAAGCGCAUGCGUUUCCCACCUUUCGACGACGAGGAGCCUCCGCUAUCGUACUCGGAGAACAUCGAGGACGUCGAACCCUUGGAGCCCAUUCAGCUGGAGCUCGACGAGGAGGAAGAUGAUCCAGUUGUCGAGUGGUUCUACGAGCACCGACCCCUCCUCGAUACCCCACACGUGAACGGACCGAGCUACGAGACAUGGAACCUGGACCUGCCACAGAUGGCCACGUUAUAUCGUCUGAGUAGGCAGUUGCUCAGCGAUAUUGUGGACAAGAACUACUUUCACAUGUUCGACAUGAAUAGCUUCCUCACAGCCAAGGCACUAAACGUGGCAAUCCCUGGAGGACCUCGUUUUGAGCCGCUGUACAAGGACAUUGACCCCAACGAUGAGGAUUUCGGCGAGUUCAAUGCCAUUGAUCGCAUCAUUUUCCGUGCACCCAUCCGAACAGAAUAUCGCGUCUCGUACCCCUUCCUUUACAACUCUCUUCCUCGAAGUGUCAAGCUGGCUUGGUACUCGUACCCCCAGGUUGUUUACGUCCACGCAGAAGACCCUAGUCUACCUGCUUUCUACUUCGACCCUAUCAUUAAUCCAAUCUCAUCGCGAGCCGUAGCCCCCAAGAACAUCUCCGUGAGCCACGAAGACUUGGUGUUCGGCGACAGCGACGAGGAUGACGAGGACGACUUCCAAAUGCCAGAGGAGAUGGAGCCUUUUAUGGCGGAUGAGGAGUUGUCCACACCUGAGACAGCCUCAGCUAUCGCUCUCUGGUGGGCACCUCACCCCUUCGACAAGCGAUCAGGACGCAUGGUUCGUGCACAAGAUGUGCCCCUGGUAAAACAGUGGUACCUUGAGCACGUUCCUGCUGGCCAGCCAGUCAAGGUCCGGGUAUCAUACCAGAAGCUCUUGAAGACUUUCGUUCUGAACGAGCUUCAUAAGAAGGAUCCACAAGCACAGAGCAAGCAAAACCUGAUGCGCACACUAAAGGGCACGAAGUUCUUCCAGCAGACCAAGAUCGACUGGGUGGAAGCAGGACUGCAGGUCUGCCGACAAGGUUACAACAUGCUCAACCUGCUCAUCCACCGCAAGAACUUGACCUACCUGCAUCUUGACUACAACUUCAACUUGAAGCCCGUCAAAACGCUCACCACCAAGGAGCGCAAAAAGUCACGUUUCGGAAAUGCUUUCCAUUUGAUGCGAGAGAUCCUGCGGUUGACCAAGCUCAUUGUUGACGCGCAGGUUCAGUACAGGUUGGGCAACAUCGACGCUUUCCAGCUUGCAGACGGUAUCUUGUAUGCCUUCAACCAUGUUGGUCAAUUGACUGGUAUGUACCGAUACAAGUACAAGCUUAUGCACCAGAUUCGUUCCUGCAAGGAUCUCAAGCAUCUCAUCUACUACCGAUUUAAUUCUGGUCCUGUCGGUAAGGGUCCUGGAUGCGGUUUCUGGGCUCCUGCCUGGAGAGUUUGGCUCUUCUUCAUGCGCGGUAUCAUUCCUCUUCUGGAGCGCUGGCUUGGUAACUUGCUGUCGCGUCAGUUUGAGGGCCGACACAGCAAGGGCGUUGCGAAGACGGUUACGAAGCAGCGUGUAGAGUCUCACUUCGACUUGGAGCUUCGCGCUGCUGUCAUGAGUGAUCUGAUGGAUAUGAUGCCCGAGGGUAUCAAGCAGAAUAAGGUCAACACAGUCUUGCAGCACCUAUCGGAAGCGUGGCGAUGCUGGAAGAGUAAUAUCCCAUGGAAGGUGCCUGGACUGCCUGCGCCAAUUGAGAACAUCAUCCUGCGUUACGUCAAGAGCAAGGCCGAUUGGUGGAUCUCAGUUGCACACUACAACCGAGAACGCAUUCGACGAGGUGCUACUGUCGACAAGACUGUCGCGAAGAAGAACCUGGGUCGUCUGACACGUUUGUGGCUGAAGGCCGAACAGGAGCGCCAGCACAACUACAUGAAGGAUGGUCCAUACGUAUCUUCUGAAGAGGCUGUUGCCAUAUACACAACAAUGGUGCACUGGCUGGAGGCGAGGAAGUUCCAGCCAAUCCCCUUCCCCAGUGUCUCAUACAAGCACGACACUAAGAUCCUUAUUCUCGCUCUGGAGCGCCUCCGAGAAGCCUACUCGGUCAAGGGGCGACUGAAUCAGAGCCAGCGUGAAGAGCUUGCCCUCAUCGAGCAGGCGUACGACUCUCCAGGAACGACACUCGCUCGCAUCAAGCGUUUCUUGCUGACACAGCGUGCUUUCAAGGAAGUUGGUAUCGACAUGAACGACAACUACAGCACCAUCAAUCCCGUCUACGACAUCGAGCCUAUGGAGAAGAUCACGGACGCCUACCUCGACCAGUACCUGUGGUAUCAAGCUGACCAGCGCCACUUGUUCCCCGCUUGGAUCAAGCCCUCAGACUCUGAAGUGCCUCCUCUUCUGACAUACAAAUGGGCUCAGGGCAUCAACAACCUUGACCAGGUGUGGGAGCACGAGGACGGGCAGUGCAAUGUGAUGAUCGAGACGCAGCUGUCCAAGGUUUACGAGAAGAUUGACCUGACGAUGUUGAACCGAUUGCUGCGUCUCAUCAUGGACCAUAACUUGGCUGACUACAUUACCGCCAAGAACAAUGUUCAGCUUAACUACAAGGACAUGAACCACGUUAACACUUACGGUAUGAUCCGAGGUCUGCAAUUCUCUGGCUUCGUAUUCCAGUUCUAUGGACUGGUCCUCGAUAUCCUUCUUCUCGGCCUGCAGCGAGCAAACGAAAUUGCUGGUGCGCCAGAGAGCCCCAACGACUUCCUGCAGUUCAAGGACAAGGAGACUGAAGUUCGUCACCCCAUUCGACUGUACACAAGGUACAUCGACCGCAUCUGGGUGUUUUUCAGGUUCACGGCCGAGGAGUCACGCGAUCUGAUCCAGCGAUUCUUGACUGAAAACCCUGAUCCCAACUUCGAGAACGUCAUCGGGUAUAAGAAUAAGAAGUGCUGGCCUCGCGACUCCAGAAUGCGUCUCAUGCGCCACGACGUCAACCUUGGUCGCGCUGUGUUCUGGGACUUGAAGAAUCGACUGCCACGCUCGGUCACCACCAUCGAAUGGGACGACACAUUCGCUAGCGUCUACAGUCGCGAUAACCCCAACCUGCUCUUCUCGAUGAGCGGAUUCGAGGUCCGCAUUCUUCCCAAGAUCCGCAACCAAAGUGGCGAGUUUCCUGAGAAGGACAGUGUAUGGUCACUGAUCGACAAUGCAACCAAGGAGCGAACCGCGGUCGCUUUCUUGCAGGUGACGGAGGAGGACAUUGCGAAGUUCAACAACCGCAUUCGACAGAUCUUGAUGUCAUCUGGUUCGACUACCUUUACGAAGAUCGCCAACAAGUGGAACACAACCUUGAUCGCACUCUUCACAUACUAUCGUGAGGCUGCAGUGUCCACAGUCAGCCUGUUGGACACUAUCGUUAAAUGCGAGACCAAAAUCCAGACUCGUGUCAAGAUUGGUCUCAACUCGAAGAUGCCUUCUCGUUUCCCUCCUGCUGUAUUCUACACACCCAAGGAACUUGGUGGACUUGGUAUGAUCUCCGGAUCUCACAUCUUGAUUCCUACAAGCGACAAGCGUUGGUCUAAGCAGACCGACACUGGUGUUACACACUACCGCGCUGGUAUGUCACAUGACGAGGAGACGCUCAUCCCCAACAUCUUCCGCUACAUCAUUCCCUGGGAAUCAGAGUUCCGCGACUCGCAGCGCGUCUGGAUGGAAUACUCGCAGAAGCGUCAAGAAGCUCAGCAACAGAACCGACGCUUGACACUUGAGGACUUGGAAGAUAGCUGGGACCGUGGUCUGCCUCGUAUCAACACACUCUUCCAGAAGGAUCGCAGCACACUCAGCUUCGACAAGGGUUUCCGUGCCAGGACCGAGUUCAAGAUCUACCAGCACAUGAAGAGCAAUCCCUUCUGGUGGACGAGUCAGCGACACGAUGGUAAGCUGUGGAACUUGAACGCUUACAGGACGGACGUCAUCCAGGCUUUGGGUGGUGUUGAGACGAUUCUCGAACACACACUCUUCAAGGCAACGGCCUUCCCCUCCUGGGAGGGUCUCUUCUGGGAGAAGGCUUCAGGUUUCGAAGAGUCGAUGAAGUUCAAGAAGCUCACCAACGCCCAGCGUUCCGGUCUGAACCAGAUCCCUAAUCGUCGUUUCACGCUCUGGUGGUCACCGACAAUCAACCGAGCCAACGUCUACGUUGGUUUCCAGGUCCAGCUCGAUUUGACAGGUAUCUUCUUGCACGGCAAGAUCCCUACCCUCAAGAUCUCGCUGAUUCAGAUCUUCCGAGCCCAUUUGUGGCAGAAGAUUCACGAGUCCGUUGUAAUGGAUCUGUGCCAGGUCUUCGACCAGGAGCUGGAGGCCCUGGGUAUUGAGACAGUGCAGAAGGAGACCAUCCAUCCUCGAAAGUCCUACAAGAUGAACAGCUCAUGCGCUGAUAUUCUGCUGUUCGCCAGCCACAAGUGGAGUGUCUCGCCACCUUCCAUGUUGUAUGACACCAAGGACACAAUGAGCGCCACCACUACAAACAAGUUCUGGAUCGAUGUCCAGCUUCGUUAUGGUGACUACGACUCUCACGACAUCGAGCGAUACGUUCGUGCCAAGUACCUCGACUACACUCAGGAUAGCAUGAGUAUUUACCCCUCAGCUACCGGUCUCAUGAUCGGUAUCGAUCUGGCCUACAACCUAUACUCGGCUUACGGACAGUACUUCCCUGGUCUCAAGCAGCUGAUUCAACAGGCCAUGGCCAAGGUUAUGAAGGCGAACCCUGCGCUUUACGUUCUGCGUGAGCGUAUCAGGAAGGGUCUUCAGCUGUACGCUUCCGAGAGCAGCCAAGAGUUCUUGAACUCGCAGAACUAUUCUGAGCUGUUCAGCAACCAGAUCCAGCUGUUCAUCGAUGACACCAAUGUCUACCGUGUCACAAUCCAUAAGACUUUCGAGGGUAACCUGACGACCAAGCCCAUCAACGGUGCCAUCUUCAUUUUCAAUCCCCGGACCGGACAGCUAUUUCUGAAGAUUAUCCAUACGAGUGUAUGGGCUGGUCAGAAGCGUCUUGGUCAGUUGGCGAAGUGGAAGACUGCUGAAGAAGUCGCAGCUCUCAUUCGAUCUCUACCCGUCGAAGAGCAGCCGAAGCAGCUGAUUGUCACACGUAAGGGUCUGCUGGAUCCUCUCGAGGUGCACUUGCUCGACUUCCCCAACAUCUCGAUCCGUGCAUCUGAGCUUCAACUGCCAUUCCAGGCCGCCAUGAAGGUGGAGAAGCUUGGUGAUAUGAUCUUGCGAGCCACUGGACCCCAAAUGGUGCUCUUCAACCUGUACGACGAGUGGCUCAAGACGAUUUCGUCUUACACCGCCUUCUCGCGUCUGAUCCUUAUAUUGCGUGCUCUUCACGUCAACAUGGACAAGACGAAGCUGCUGCUGCGCCCCGACAAGACAGUUAUCACCCAGGAGCAUCACAUCUGGCCUUCACUGUCAGAUGAGGAUUGGAUCAAGGUCGAAGUGCAGCUUCGUGAUCUCAUCCUGAAUGACUACGGCAAGAAGAACAACGUCAACACAUCUUCGCUCACUAGUAGUGAAGUGCGCGACAUCAUCUUGGGUAUGGAAAUUUCAGCACCUUCGAUGCAGCGUCAGCAAGCUGCCGAGAUCGACAAGCAACAAGAGGAGCAGCAGCAGCUUACCGCUGUCACCACCAAGACGCAGAACGUUCAUGGUGAGGAAAUGGUCGUCACCACGACAUCCCAGUACGAACAGGCUUCAUUCGCCUCGAAGACCGAGUGGCGCACCAGGGCAGUGGCCACGUCAAACUUGCGCACUCGUGCCAACAACAUCUACAUCAACUCCGAAGAUGUCAAGGAAGAGGGUCACUUCACCUACGUCAUGCCUAAGAAUGUUCUCAAGCGCUUCAUCACAAUUGCAGACCUUCGUGUUCAGGUUGCCGGUUACCUGUAUGGCAAGUCGCCGCUAGACAACGACCAGGUCAAGGAGAUCAGCACCAUCGUCAUGAUCCCCCAGGUUGGCAAUACCCGCGAUGUCCAGCUGCCCAAGCAGCUUCCUCAGCAUGAGUACCUUGACGGCCUUGAGCCUCUCGGUAUCAUCCACACUGUCAGCGGCAACGAGCCACCGUACAUGCAAGCCAGCGACGUCACUCAGCAUGCGCGCCUGAUGAACCAGCACGCCAGCUGGGACAAGAAGACCGUCUCGAUGACCGUCUCCUUCACACCCGGUUCCGUGUCGCUCGCUGCCUGGGCACUCACACCUCAGGGCUACAAGUGGGGCGCCGACAACAAGGACACCAUGUCCGACAACCCAUCUGGCUUCAGCACCUCCUUCGGUGAGAAGUGUCAGCUCUUGCUGUCUGACAAGAUCCGCGGAUACUUCCUCGUGCCUGACAAUGGCAUCUGGAACUACAGCUUCAUGGGCAGCACGUUCGGUACGGUCGAGAAGAAGCCGGUUCAUGUCAGACUUGACACUCCGGUCAGGUUCUAUGACAGCAUUCACCGACCACUGCAUUUCCAUAACUUUGCUGAAUUGGAGGAUGUAUGGGUCGAUCGCGAGAACCAGUUUGAGUAGAGAAGUGGAGGGAGGUGUAUUCUGGCUGGCAUGUACUUUGUAUUUUCGAAGGCGUUGGCGACGAAUGGCGUUCCGCGUUGGGAUUGCAUGGGCGGGAGAUAUCUGGUGAUCAGACAAAAUGUGCAUAGUGUAUAUCAACC